AUGGCUGUGGCUUUUACCCAGCUUUCAUGGUGGUUGUGGAGUGGAAAACAGAAAGAGCCUAGAAUCUCCAAUUCAUCUUCUUUAAGUUCUUCAGCCGACCCCGGCAUGUGGGAAUCUGAUGGUUUAAAGUUUCCUUCGGUUAAGGGGGCCAGUAUGGCCUCAUCAUCAUCAUCAAGAAGGGUGAAACGCAAAUGGCAUAGUCGGGAAGAACGGAAAAUUGAUAGGGAAUAUGAUCUUGUUCUAGUUCCAUCUGAGGGAGGCUGUUUUUCUGGUUCCGAGUCUGAUGACUCGGAUUGGUCAGUUGGAUGGUUGGAGCCUCAUGGACCUGGGUUUCGGAGUGAUGAUGAUACAGACGAUAGUUUUGCUGUGCUGGUUCCAUGCUAUGGGCAUGUUAUUCAUGAUAUGGUGAAGGAUCCAAAGAGCAAUAUCUUGAGCACUGUUGGGAACAUCCCAGAUGGUUAUUCCGAUGCCAGUUCUGGCUACACUAUGAGGGUCUCAUACUCCACUCAUUGA